AUGGGAAUAGAAGAAACACCAUGUCUUGAUGUCUACAGAGGCAUGAAUAAGCGCUAUUCCGAUUACAUCAAGGUCUUUGAUUAUCUCUAUCAGCUCAGCACCAAUGAUUACGAUGAUAUCAAAGAAUUAUUCGAAUCAAUUACCCAAAUCGCAAUCAGGAAGUACCACUUUCCAGCCAUCCAGUUACUUCAAGCCAUCCAGAAAGCCUGCAAGUUCAACGACAAGUACACAAGAGGCUACUGGGAGUUAUUCAAGAUGGUAUUUGAGGAAUUUCAGCCAAGAUUGAAGCAGGGUCAGUUCAAUUAUCCAUUUGAUGCCCUCAUUAACCAGGAGUACGACAUGAAUUGGCGCCUCGGAAAAUAUUCUGAUCUGACCAUUGACCAAAUCCUUGAAGUUCAUAAGGAAGGCACUGCUCUUUACUACAUUAUGAACGAUGACUUUGAUAGAUUCCUUGAUCUUGUCCACCAAGACCAAAUCAAAGUCAAUGAAUACAUCGAAGGAAAGUAUUUGAUCGAAUGGUCCGCAUACUAUGGUGCAGAGUUGAUCUUCAAGUUCUUAAGAUCCAACUAUGAAGUAGCCCUUACCCGCAAAUGCCUUGAAUUUGCUUUUCUUGGUAGAAGUGUAGCCAUUCUUAUUGAAUGCCUUCGCUACUUCCCACCAGACUACUCAUGCUUCAUAUAUGCCUUAGCAUCUCAUAACCUUGAUUCCAUUAUUUACAUUCUUAACAACUCAACGAUCUCAGUUGACUCAUUUGACUGCUCAAUCUACAACAAUCUUGGUGCCUUCUUGAUUGUUAUUGAUAUGGGUCGCGAUAAAGACAAGAACCUCAUGAUGAGUUCUUAUUUCUUUGUUCCAACCUUAACAAAGUCAUUAAUUGACUUAGGAGCAGAUGUUAACUGCAGAGGAAUGAACUACGAAACACCAUUACAUUACGCAGCUGGUUCCAACAGCUACGAAUGCGCUAAAGUCUUACUCGAAAAUGGCGCAGAUAUCACAGCAAAGAACGAAAUCGGAGAUACACCACUUCAUUUCGCUGCUAGCUACAAUUCAAAGGAAACAGCCGAAAUCAUCAUCCAAUACGGCGGAAAUUGCAAUGCUGCCAACGAUUUCGGAAAUACACCACUUCAUAAUGCAUUAAUGCGUCAGUACAUUGAAACAGCUUCUGUUUUGAUCGAGAAUGGCGCCGAUACAAAUGCAAAGAAUGAAAUAGGCAAUACUCCAUUGGAGUAUUCCAACUUAGAACUUCAUGUUAAAGAACAGAAGUUCGUUGCAAGAAAGAUAACAAUUUCUUCUGAUUAUGAUUAA